AUGGUCACCGAGCACCGAGGUUCAGUAGCCUCCGUCAACUCCACUACCUCCGCCCCUACCACCCCUCACGCUCACAAACCCCACCAUCUCAAAUAUGGCGAUGUCAACGCAGCCGGUUACCUCCCCGACGAUUCCGAGGAGGAAGAAGACGACGAAGAUUCCAUCGAUCCCACCACCACCAACAACGAUCCAGCUCUAAUCACCGACGCAUCCAGCAUUGCCCCCUCCACCACAUCCAGCAAUGCCAAAGGUAGAGAUGCAAAGGGACGUCUUUGGAGAUCGAUGGAACGACAAGAUGCUCGUAACCGCGCCCUGCACUCUGAACGUCGCUAUCUAUUCCGCCGACCCAGAGCCCUGCAGUAUUUCAGAGGAAACGUAUUGGUUAGGAGUGAAGAAGAACGGUCUUCCCACCGUCUGGAGUUGUUCUUUGACUUGGUAUUCGUCGGUUUAAUCGCAACGCUUGCUGAAGAGGCUAUACACGAGCAUAACGGAGACGCAAUCGUGCGAUAUAUCCUUACCUACACUGCUGCAUGGAUGGUAUGGAACUACAUGCGAGAAAUCUUUAACGCUUUCUUCGUCGACGAUCUCCCCCAGCGCCUCCUUGUUCUCGGUGUAAUGGCCUGCUUGGUGGUGUACGGCAACAACGCCCCCGCAGCGGAAGAAAUGUGGGAAGAGAGCUUAGCUCGAGCCACCGCUAUCGGAAGCUAUCUCUUGGCAGGAAGUAUGAUGUUCGGCAUGCUGACGUUUUACUCCUUCUACAUCUGUCAAUAUCGGAUUCAAAUUAGGGCCCAAGCGAUCGUUUGGUCCCUAGUUGUGGGAUUGUGGAUUGGAAGUAUCUUUGUAGGAGUUAAGGCUUGUAUUGCGAUGGUUACGGUAGCGUUGGUGCUGGAGUAUGGUAGUUGGAUGUUCUUCUACUCUCCGCUGUUUAAGAGGAUGGCGAAUUUGAGGUAUAGUUCAGCGGUGGCGAUUGAACAUGAGAUUGACCGCUUCACCGAUUUCGUGACACUGGUUCACGGGGAAUUUUUGUUCUCGGUGUUGAGUGGUCAACCGGCUGGUCAUGGAGUGCAUUCUGGAGUGGCGAGGGUCAUUCUCACCGUCAUCGUAGCUUUCGUUUUGCACGGUAUUUACUGUUGUGGAGCGGGAAGUAAGAAGAUCACCCAUCCAAUCCGCCGUCCAAUGACCUAUGGUCUACCUUAUUUCGUCCUCCAUCUUCCCCUCGUCUCCGCCCUAACCCUCUGCGGGGAUGCCACAGCCGAACUCGUCAAACACGAUCAGGUACAUCAAGGUGUCCGAUGGAUCUACGCCGCUUCCUACUCCAUCGGUCUCAUUUCCACCGCUCUCCUCGUCAUGCUGGAAAGAGAACACGAUGCCCCGGGAGAACUCUUUUUCCCUAAACCCAUCCGAAUCGCACCCAGGUUCAUCGCUGCGGUCGUUGUUCUGCUGCUACCACUGGCGGACCAGCACUAUGUAAACUCGACGGUACUGCUCGGGGUGAGUGCUGGGUUGGGUGGUUUCGCUUGGGUUUGGCAGGAAAUUGGUAGUUUGGAUGGUCCGAAUGCUCCUUGGUACCACCCUUCCCAGCAGGAAGGGGAAGAGGAUGUGGUGGGACAGAGGAGGUGGAAAGGGUUCCCAACGUUGGUCGAGCCAGGUGCGUGGAUUUUGGAUUCGACGAAACAGAGAGGACGUACGAUGACGUUUGUUGAAGAUGCUCAACCUGCUAGAGGUGCGGCGGCGGUGGUAGAUGGGGAAGUGGUUGCGGUUGAACCGCUUGAAUCGCCUUCUAAGCUCGAUGACGAGUGA